AUCCGGUGAAUCCACACAGAUAGUUCCAUACGCGCCAAGUCAUAAUCAUUAACGCAACGGCACUUCGCCCCUUCGCUGUGACGCUGUAUAUAAAUAAAUUAUUGGAAUUACUGCGACGUUUUCACGCACACAAUUUCUAGAACACCUGUCACCAUAUGUUUUCAUCCCAUGACUAUUUUUAUCAACAUAAAGCGGGAAAAAUACUUUUACAAGAAUUUCCUCUCUCAUGGGACUCGAACAUUAGUUUUACUGGAGGUUUGCGCAGAGUGAGUAUAAUGCAAACCGCGCAUGAGUUUCUUGUUCCAGUUCAGAGCAAGUGCAACAACCCAAUGGUCCGUGUAAUUUGGAAAUUUGGCAAACUUGGAGAGUGUUGUAUUCAAGCACAGCGCUAAGUGAAACAAACAAACAAUUAACCACGCGCCUGGAAACACCAUUGUGCGAGCUGUAAUCUUCCGCUCUUCGUAAUAGAUGCAAACGCGCUGUGCAAUAUGAGUGUUUUUUUAAUGAUCCACCUCUUGAAAAUGACUUACGAAAAGAUGGACACAUUUUACGAUCUGGACCGGAUAUAUGCAACCAUUGAGCGAAUGCUUGUGCUGAUUCGGCAGCUGUCCGGAGUUUCACGGCUUGGCGAAAGUGGACGAUCUCUAUCGCUGGAACUGCAGCUGCUUAAUACGAUCGAUGAAAAAAGCUACCAGGUCCAGGAACUGCAGACUGCUGGCGAAUAUUUGUUUGGCCAGUUCAAAAUAAUUUAUACGGUAAACAAGGAAUUGUACACGCAGCUAAAUAAACGAGGAAGUAAAAUUUUCGAGUUGGAUCAGCAAUUACGAGAACAAGGGAAGCCCAAAUGUUUGUACUACAUGGCGGAUGUGAUUAAGUACGAACCCGCCUUGCUGGCUAUGCAGAAAGUGUUGGACAGGACUAUGCGAGAAAUAAGAAUUUUAAAAAAUCAGAGAAACAAUCACAAGCUAGAGCUAUGCGUCAGUCACAUACGGAAAGCGAGUUUCGACAAAGCAUUUGAUGAGUUAUUUUCGUUUGAAAAUAGCAUUGAAUAUUUACUGAAAAUAAUAGAGCAAGUGCUUGAAGGAUCAAUAUGGAGAUUGGUUAAUAUAUUACAAUUUUUGAAGGGAUAUUAUUUAUUUCAAAAAUCAAAUUCGGAAAACACAUUUGUUGUUGGGUGUGAGCUUUUAGUACAGCAUCUCAAAUCUAUAGUUCUGUUUCGUCGCGUCGAAACAUUAAUGAUAUACAGUUUAAUCAACGAUGUACUGAACGGAACCCACCAUUUAGAAGAUUUUUCUCGAGAUCGUUUACAAAUCCUCGUCAUAGAUUUAUCAGCCAACAAAACACUGGCUGUCAACCAAAUACAGAACGAUCCUGACGAAUCAAGUUCUUUUGCGAAACUGUUCGAUAACAUUUCCGAGGAUCUUCUCCGUGAAUUGAUAAGGCUGUCAUAUCGAGGAUGUCCUCCCAAUCUGAAAAACAUUCUUAAAUUCAUUCAUUGUCUUCCGAGUGUUGACCACGAUAUACUUUGCUAUCGUGAAUUAUACUCCGAGAUGCUACAGAUGGAUCUUUCUAGAUCUCACUCAAUUUUCGCCUUAGCCCAUCACAUUAGAAUGACAAUGCAACAUAGAAAUUACGCGCAAGCAAUUCACGCUUCGGAAUUAGAUGAACUGAAAUCUAUCCUACCUCAAAAUGUGUGCAGUAUUAUAUGGAAACACGUUUUCAUUUCACGACACGAAUCCCGAGUGCUGAUGAAGUUCAGCGGUGCUGGCAAGGAGGUUGGAUUCACGCGUUACACAGCGGAUAAAAAUCGCUUCGAGUUCGAACCAGUCGACGAAGGAAAUUCGUUUCGAAUUCGUAACGUUGCGACCAAUGCUUACCUGGUGGAAAUAGGAGGACGUCCGACGGUCGUGGGAUCCAAUUGUGACGCUUCCGAUUAUAGCGGUCAUUGGAAGUUAUUACCCCACGAAAACUGUACCUUUUUCAGAAUAGCGAACUCUUGUUCAGGAAGAUACUUGUAUUCCAAAUUUUCCGUGGGUUACGAGUAUGAUUUCUAUAGCUGCCCAGAAAUACUCUGCCUAACGGACGAUGAAACAGUACUUAGUGAGGGUAAUUCCUAUUGGAAGAUUGAAGAUUUUUCGCUCGUCCACAGACGCGACUCAGAGUGUGUGAUGUUGUAACGUUUGUUCUGUACAUAGAAAAUUGUGAUAUUUAAUCAGUAUAUUUGUUAAAUAAAUCUGCAUAUGCAAAGAAAAACUA